AUUUAGUAUAUAAAGUUGGAGAUUUCGAUCCCUGGUUAGUAUUGCAUAUAGUACUCACCGGUACAACAGUAAACAAGUGUAAUUAACAAUUAUGUUCGCCAAGAUUGUAGUGUUAGCCGCUUUCGUCGCCUGUGCAAGUGCAGGAUUAAUCGGAGGGCACGGUCUAGGAUAUGGAGCAAUAUCAGUAGCCCAUGCAGCGCCGAUUGCAGUUGCUGCACAUGCACCUGUUCACGAAACUGUAGAUUAUUAUGCGUACCCUAAAUACGAGUUUAAUUACGGAGUAGCCGACGGCCACACUGGAGAUCAUAAAUCCCAAAAGGAAGUGCGCGAUGGAGACGUCGUGAAGGGUUCUUACACCGUCGCCGAGCCCGAUGGUACCCUCAGAACUGUCCAUUACACCGCCGACGAUCAUAACGGUUUCAAUGCAGUAGUAACGAGAUCUGGACAUGCCGUACAUCCUCAAGUGGUCCACAAAGCUAUCGCCGUUGCCCCGGUGGCGCUUUCCCUUGGACACGGACACGGACACGGCUACCAUUGAUGAUCUCGAAGGCUUAUAGAAUCUGUUGCUCAUUAAUGUACAUACCUCAUAAGUUGUUUUUUGCUAGUGUUGUUCUUCUUUGUAGCAUUUAUUGUAUCUCAUCUUCGCCAUAUUUAUUAUUUUUUUGUAUUCAAAUAAAAGACUAUCGUUAUUGUGAAUGGAUUUGUUGAUUUCCCUCUAACAUCGCAAUUAUUAAACAUCCAACAAACAAGAACAUUGAAUAUAUCUAAUAGAUCUUCCUUUCUAAAUCUUGCCUGUAUUUCAUCCAUAAUGGUAUCGUCGUUUUGGACAAACUUCGUACACGUGAUUCUUCAUGGGAAGCAUCGUGGUGUUCAACGGGGUGGUCUCCAUGAGCAGGGGAAUGAGGACAGGUUUGGUUGCCUUCAUGGAAAUCUCUGUAACAUUGGAACUUGAGUAAGGCUGAUAAAUGCGUCACGACUAUGGUUAGCGUUAGAAUAUAGAACAAAAUCUGAACGAUUAUCCAAAAUAGGAGCAAAGACGAUGGUGUUAGGUUAUCGAUUAGAUCGCACAGAGCUCCCCAUACUGUCUUUUGGUGAUACGUUACGAAUGUGGGUUUUUCGAAUGGAUCGUCGUCUUGAAUAGUUAGAACUGUU